UACGGCGGGGCCGGACCCGGCCGGGUGAGGAGGCAGGAAAUGGCGGCGGUGCUGCAGCAGCAGCUGCCGGGCCCUCCCGCUCCGCAGUGCCGGGCCCAGGCUGCCUAGAGCCGCCGCGCCAGCGCCGGGCCCGGGCCGCAGCCUCGCCGGGCCGGACUCCGAGCACUUUACAUACAUGAGAGAAUUGGAAGCUAAAGCUACCAAAGAAGUCGAAAGAAAACUAAGCAGGGCUGUCCUGCCUCAUUUAUGUGGAGCUGAGAGAAGGGAUUUAGUGCAAGAAGAGGAAGAACAGUUGAUGGAAGAAAGGAAAAAGAGAAAAGAAGACAAGAAGAAGAAGGAAGCUGCUCAAAAAAAGGCCAUUGAACAAAAAAUCAAAGUGCCAGAACAAACCAAGACAAGCUCAAGCCAGCCUCAGCCCGUCGCCUCUGCCGGCACUUCCCCAGUAACCAGCACCAACAAUAAUGCCAAGCGGGCCCCAGCCAGCAGCCAGCAGCAGCCCUCGCCUCGGUACCCUCCUCGGGAAGUCCCACCUCGAUUUCGACACCAGGAACAGAAACAGCUUCUGAAGAGAGGGCAGCAGCUCCCAGUGAUAGCUGCCAACCUGGGAUCCACUCCGAAGGUACUCAGUGGCCAGGCAGGAGGCAGCACUGUCACAAAUCAGCAGCCAGUGACCAACGGAGAAGUGCCCAACAGCAGCAAAAAACAGCCAGGCAUGCCUCCCAUUCGGGACUUGGUGAGCCACUCCCCUAACCAGUCAGAUCUGAACCACAGUGGUCUAGGAUCCCAUUAUGAAAAUUCUCACUGGGGACCAGUCUCUUCGAACAGUGACUCCAGCACAAACUGGGAUAAAGUUAUUGUAGACGGCUCUGACAAAGAAGCAUGGCCAUCAAUCACUGGCAGUGACCCAGAGCUGACAUCAGAAUGUAUGGACACUGACUCUGCCUCUAGCUCUGGGUCAGAGAGGAACCUGGUGAUCAUGGCUUCAGGGAGCGCAGGUGGUGACGGCGAUGGCAUUCGGAACGGCGUCGGACACGGUUCUCAGAAUAAGUUUGUGGUUGGUAGCAACAGCAAUAAUGUGGGCAAUGGAAGUAUCAAUGGGCCCUGGGGGUUGUCCCAUGGAACCAUAAUAAGCACAUGUCAAGUUUCUGUGGAUGCUCCUGACAGCAAAUCUGAAAGUAGCAACAAUAGAAUGAAUGCUUGGGGCACCAUAAACUCUUCAUCAAAUGGAGGGUUAAAUCCAAGCACUUUGAAUUCAAAUGGCAACCAUGGUGCCUGGCCUGUAUUGGAGAACAAUGGACAUGCCCUGAAAGGGUCUGUAGGGAGUGGUAAUCCUGGCACAAGUAUUCAGUGCAGUACCAUAGGUCAGAUCUCUACCAGUCAGAGUAUUAGCUCCAAGGUGGGUGGCUCAGCCCAUGGUUCCUGGGGAAGCCUUCAGGAAAGCUGCGAUUCUGAAGUCAAUGGUACAAGGAAGGUUUCAUUCAGUGGGCAACCUCAAAACCUUAACACUGAAAUGAAUGGACCAAAUAACACUAACUUUAUGACCUCUAGUUUACCAAACUCUGCUGGUUCAGUGCAGAUGAACGAGCUGCCCAGUAACACAGGGCACGGGGCCUGGCGCUUGAGCACAAUGAACCACCCUCAGAUCCAGCCCUCCCCGGUUCCAAACGGCACUUCCAUGGCUCACCUGAGCAACGGGGAGGCCAAGACUGGUGGCUCUUACGGUACUUCCUGGGGUGCCUAUGGUUCUAGUUACUCUGGAGACAAGUGUUCAGGCCCGAGCAGCCAAGCUAAUGGUGACACUGUGAAUGCAACUCUAAUGCAGCCAGGCGGCAGCGGGCCUGGCAGCACUAACUUUCAAAUCAACGGGAGUAAAGGAGCAGGGGUGUGGGAGGCAGGGCCAGGCAGCUCCCAGAACGUGCCGUGGGGAAGUGGAAAUGGUGCAGGUGCUGCCGGGAGUCGAAGAGGAUGGGGCAGCCCUGCCCAAAGCGCUGGCACUGCCAUUGCCAACGGGGAGUGGAGCAAAGCGCCCAGCGGUCAGCAUUCCGGCGAGAGCGCCAGCGGCGGCAGCAGGAAGUUUACAAAUGGAUGGAAGCCUGCUGAGGAGGAUGAGCUCAACGGCCAGAGCCCUGCUGCUCCUCCGCUUCCUGAGCAGGGCAGUGCCUGGGCCAAGGCAGGUGCAGGGGAGAGCGAGGGUAGUUCGGAGAGCACUGGAUGCCACGAGGACAGAGGGAGCACGGAGGGGCAGAGCCGCGAGAGGAGGAAGGUCGACCAGCACGCGUUGCUCCAAAGCAUAGUGACCAGAACUGACCUAGACCCACGUGUCCUCUCCAACUCGGGCUGGGGACAGACUCCAAUCAAACAGAACACUGCCUGGGACACCGAAACGUCACCGAGGGGAGAGCGAAAAACUGACAAUGGGACAGAGGCCUGGGGAGGCUCUGUGACACAGACUUCCAGCUCAGGGGGAUGUGUGGAUAGACCUAACCCUAACAAUAACGAUACCUCAUCUGUGUCAGGGUGGGGAGAGCCAAAGGCUGCCACAAGGUGGGGAGACUCCAAAGGGUCAAACAGCCAAGGGGGGUGGGAAGAAGAUUCUGCUGCUACAGUAAUGGUCAAGAGCAAUCAAUCAUGGGGAAGUGGCAAGGAGGAAAAGUCAUCGUGGAAUGACAGCCAGAAGAUUAAACAGGGAUGGGCAGAUGGACAGAAGUCCAGCCAGGGUUGGGCAGUUUCUGCCGGUGAGAGCUGGGGCGAAAAUUCGAGGAGCAACCAUUGGGGUGAGUCUAAGAAAUCCAGUUCAGGUGGCAGUGACAGUGACAGAUCGGUGUCUGGUUGGAAUGAGCCAGGUAAAUCAAGUUCUGCUCCUUGGGGAGGAAAUAACACAAACCCAAACAGCUCUGCAACGUGGGAUGAGCCUGCAAAGCCUAAUCAGAGCCAGGGCUGGGGAGAGCCUCCUAAAGCCAACCAGCCUCAAGUCUGGGGGGAUUCAUCAAAGCAAAUCAACUCUCCAGAAUGGAACAAACAAGAUGUUGGCUCUUGGGGGGCCCCCUCUGCCACGAACAAACCCCCGGGCUCGGGCUGGCUGGGCGGGCCGAUGCCAGCAGCAGCAAAGGAGGAGGAGCCCACGGGCUGGGAGGAGCCAUCCCCGGAGUCCAUCCGCCGCAAAAUGGAAAUUGAUGAUGGAACUUCUGCUUGGGGUGACCCAAGCAAAUACAACUACAAAAAUGUGAAUAUGUGGAAUAAAAAUGUCCCAAACAGUAGCAGCAGUUCAGACCAGCAAGCACAGGUACAUCAGCAGCUACUGUCUUCAAGUGCCAUGUCUAGCAAGGAGAGCAGUUCGGGUUCUGGUUGGGGAGAGCCUUCUACUCCAGCCACCACUGUAGAUAACGGAACUUCAGCGUGGGGUAAACCCAUGGAUACUGGUACUAGCUGGGGAGAACCCAUCAGCGAUGCAGCAGGCACCUCUGGCUGGGGAAAUGCUCCUCUUGGUCAACAGGCUUCAAAUAAACCUGGGCCUAAAUCUAUGCAAGACAGUUGGUGUGGAGAUGAUAUGCCACUGACAGGCAGUCGUCAGACCAGCUGGGAGGAAGAGGAGGAUGUAGAGAUUGGAAUGUGGAACAGCAGUUCUUCACAAGAAGCAAACCCAUCUUUGAAUUGGCCACCGUACAUGAAAAAAAUGCCCACAAAGGGAGUGAUGAAAGGUGGAAACAAGCACGAUGAAGCAUGGAUCAAUCCAUUCCUUAAGCAAUUCACCAAUCUCAGUUUCUCGAGAGAAUCACCAGAAGAAACCAUACAGAGCAAUAAGAUGGACAUGUCUGGAGGGUUGCUGCAGGAGAAGCGGCUGGAGCUGGAGAAGCACGGGCUGGGCGCUGGAGAUUACAACCGCGUGGUGGGAAAGGGCCCUGGCUCGCGCCCGCAGGUUCCCAAAGAGUCUUCCAUGGAGCGCGGUCCUUACUUCGAUAAGGAUGGCAUUGUAGCAGACGAGUCCCAAAACUUGCAGUUUAUGUCCAAUCAAAACCUGAAGCUUCCCCCUUCAAAUAAUGCACUACCUAACCAAGCCCUGGGCUCCCUAGCAGGGCUGGGUAUGCAAAACUUGAAUUCUGUUAGACAGAAUGGCAAUCCCAGUAUGUUUGGUGUUGGUAAUAUAGCAGCACAGCCCAGGAGCAUGCAGCAGCCUCCAGCACAACCUCUUAAUUCAUCUCAGCCUAAUCCACGUGCUCAAGUGCCUCCUCCAUUACUGUCCCCUCAGGUUCCAGUAUCAUUACUGAAGUAUGCACCAAACAACGGUGGCCUGAGCCCACUUUUUGGCCCACAACAGGUAGCCAUGUUGAAUCAACUGUCCCAGUUAAACCAGCUUUCUCAGAUCUCCCAGUUACAGCGGUUGUUGGCUCAGCAGCAAAAAGCCCAGAGUCGAAGCAUGCCUUCUGGUGGUCGUCAGCAGCAGGAGCAGCAGGGUCGAUCUCUUAGUAUGCAGCAACAGAUGAUGCAACAGUCCCGUCAGCUUGAUCCAAACCUGUUAAUGAAGCAGCAGACUCCACCCUCCCAACAGCAGUCACUCCAUCAGCCCUCCAUGAAAUCCUUCCUUGAGAAUGUCCUGCCCCACACUACUCCUGAGCUGCAGAAAGGGCCUUCGCCAAUAAAUGCGUUCAGCAGCUUCCCUAUAGGAAUGAACUCAAACUUGAAUGUAAACCUGGACAUGAGCAGUAUUAAAGAGCCACAGUCUCGACUGAGGAAAUGGACUACAGUGGACAGCAUCUCUGUGAACACCUCGUUAGAGCAAAACUCCAGCAAACAUGGUGCUAUUUCAAGUGGUUUCAGGCUGGAAGAGUCUCCGUUUGUCCCCUAUGACUUCAUGAACAGCAGUAACUCACCAGCCAGUCCUCCUGGAUCGAUUGGGGAUGGCUGGCCCCGUGCCAAAUCGCCUAAUGGCUCUAGCAGUGUUAACUGGCCACCAGAGUUCCGUCCUGGUGAGCCGUGGAAAGGUUAUCCAAACAUCGACCCUGAAACUGACCCUUACGUCACUCCUGGCAGUGUCAUAAACAAUCUCUCAAUUAAUACUGUGCGGGAAGUUGACCACCUCAGGGACAGGAACAGUGGGUCAUCCUCAUCUUUGAACACCACGCUGCCUUCAACUAGUGCCUGGUCAUCCAUUCGUGCCUCCAACUACAAUGUUUCCCUCAGCAGUACAGCACAAAGCACUUCAGUAGCCAGAAACAGUGAUUCCAAAUCAACGUGGUCUCCUGGAUCAGUCACUAACACCUCUCUGGCUCAUGAGCUGUGGAAGGUCCCUUUGCCACCUAAAAGCAUCACUGCUCCGUCUCGGCCCCCUCCAGGGCUAACAGGCCAGAAGCCACCGUUGUCCACUUGGGAUAAUUCCCUGCGUUUGGGUGGAGGAUGGGGGAAUUCUGAUGCCAGAUACACCCCUGGUUCAAGCUGGGGUGAGAGCAGCUCAGGGAGAAUAACAAAUUGGCUUGUUCUGAAAAACCUUACACCUCAGAUUGAUGGCUCAACCCUGCGUACUCUGUGCAUGCAGCACGGCCCACUAAUAACAUUCCACCUUAACCUCCCACAUGGGAAUGCUUUGGUCCGUUACAGUUCAAAAGAAGAGGUAGUGAAGGCACAAAAAUCUCUGCACAUGUGUGUUUUAGGGAACACUACCAUCCUUGCUGAGUUUGCCAGUGAAGAGGAGAUCAGCCGCUUCUUUGCACAAGGCCAGUCCCUGACUCCGUCUCCUGGCUGGCAGUCUCUGGGAUCCAGCCAGAGCCGACUCGGAUCCAUUGACGGUUCCCACUCGUUCUCAAACCGUAAUGAUCUAAAUCACUGGAAUGGUGCUGGGCUGUCGGGAACUAGCAGUGGAGACCUUCAUGGCACUUCACUUUGGGGGAGCCCCAACUAUUCCACGAGCCUGUGGGGCACCCCGAGCAGCAGUGACACCCGGGGAAUCAGCAGCCCGUCCCCCAUCAACGCUUUCCUUUCUGUUGACCACCUAGGCGGAGGUGGAGAGUCCAUGUAAAAACCUUCCCCUCUCCCCCCUCCCUUUGGGUUUUCUUUUUUUCCAGCUGAGAAACUGUGACCUCAAGAUGUAACAAAGCAGCACUAAUUUGGACUUCUUCACCUACAGCCGGGGGAGGGGGGGUCACCUGUGGAAACAAGUUACUUUCUGCACAUUUUCCACUUUGUUUUAGCCCAAAACAUAUCAGUUUGAAUACUUGAAUCAUGCAGGCCAAUAGUAUAAUGUGAAAGAAAAAAAAAACCUACAAAAAAAAACCAACAAAAAAAAUAAAUCUAUAUUUACACUUCCAGCUAGUGCUAUCCGUAUGGAAACGCUUGGAAUGAGCUCAUUUGUGGAUAUUCAUCAUGGGUUGGUCUCUUGGGUUGUUUUUAGUUGGGGUUUUUUUGUUUUUAUUCCGUUUUAUUUCUCUUCUCCUUCUUUUUUUUUUGCUGAUGUUUGGAGUAUGAGCUUUGUACCUUUGCACUGAAUGAUGUCCUCCUCUCUGUCCCAGUUGGCACUAGGUGGGGGGAGGGGGAGGCAGCAGUUCACGUGUAAAUGUUUACUCAAGGAUUGUCCCUACUACAGGCGGUUUGUGCUCUCUACUAUGCCUUGCUGUUAAUCGCCCCCUACCUUCUCGUGCUGUCGUGGCGUUGAAAAGAUCCGGUCCCGAGGAUGCUGAACCCUAGCGUUUUAACGAAUGAAAAGUAUUGCACCAGUUGUUGUUCGUUGUUGUUUGGUGUUGUUGUUACUCUCGUUUUAUUUUUACAUGUAUUAAAAAAGAAAAAAAAACAUACAAAAAAAAAAUCCUAAAGAAUUUAGCUCUGCAGUUUAAAUAAUAAUAAAAAAAAAAAGAUUAAAAAAAAAAACUUUAAAAUAAUAAAAAAUCUAAAAAAGGAAAGAAAAGAGAAAAAAAAAAUAUAAAUAACUAACAAAACUGUGGCCACAGCUGUGACUUUGCAAACCCAACCUGCAAGCCAGGAGGGGUCCUGCACUUUCAAUAGGCUUUCAAGUUUAUGUUUGGUUUGGUUUGGUUUUGGGGGGUGCCUGUGGUUGAGACGCCUCCUAUGUUUACAGACUAUUUUCUUUGUUUGGGUUUGGGACUUCAGUUUCGUUUUUGAACAAUAAAAAAGAGAGAGAGAGAAAGAAAAUAAGAAGCUUUUAAAAAUGUUUACUCUUCCAUCAUUUAAAAAAAAAAUAAAAGACACCAAAAAAAAGAAAAAGAAAAAAAGACCAAAAAAAUGGUGACUGAAAAAAAAUAAAAAAGGUUUUAAAUAAAAAAGUUUUUAAAAAGGAAAGAAGGAAGGAAAAAUGAAGGAAGGAAAAAGAAAGGAAGGAAAAAAUGAAAGAAGGAAAGAAAAAGGAAGAAAAGGAAAGGGGAAAAAAAGGAAGGGAAGAAAGGAAAGAAAAAGGAAGGGAAAAAACUGGAAGGAAAAAAGGAAAGAAAAAGGAAGGGAAGAAAGGAAAGAAAAAGGAAGGGAAAAAAUGGAAGGAAAAAAGGAAAGAAAAAGGAAGGGAAGAAAGGAAAGAAAAAGGAAGGGAAAAAACUGGAAGGAAAAGAGGAAAGAAAACGGAAGGGGAAAAACUGGAAGAAAGAAAGAAAAAGGAAGGAAGGGAAGAAGAAGGAAGAAAAGGAAAGGAAAAUAAGAAGGGAAGAAAGGGAAGAAAAAGGAAGGAAAGAAAAAGGAAGAAAAGGAAAGAAAAAAAGGAAGGAAAGAAGGAAAAAGGAAGGGAAAAAAGGAAAGGCAACAAAAAGAAAGGAAAGGAAAAGCAAGGAAGGGGAAAAAAGGAAAGAAAAAAGAAAGGAAAGAAAAAGGAAGAGAAAAAGUAUUAAAAGAUUUAAGAAAGAAAAGAAAAAGAUUUUAAAAGGUUUUAAAAAGCAAAGAUUAAAAAGAAAGAGAAGGAAAAGAUUUUAAAAAGAAAAAAAAAUAUUUUAAAAAUCUAAAAAAAAAAAUAAAAUAAGAAAAAAAAAUAUAAAAAGAAAGAUGCUUUUUAUCUCUGGGAAUAACGAACAGUGUUUGGCCAUGUCCUUUUGUUUUCUAGUCCUGUAUCCUAAAUCAAAGAGCAUGGCUCUCAGGAAAACCAGUUCCCCAGUUAAAUAAAAAUACAAAAAUACAAAAAAAAAAAAA